CGCAAGUGCAGUUAUGAAAUAAAAUUUAAUAAAUCCAAACAUAACCUCAAAGGGGUCCUCUAGUUCUUGGGCAUAAUUUUACUUAAUAAAUGAGUAUAGAAACAACUUGUAAGUCUUUUAGGGACCCCCGAGUCAAACCCCUUAAACAUCCUUGGUUUAAGCUUGGGAUGUGCCACCAAUUCUAUGUCUGAGGAGCCGGGGACAUCAGAUUCUACACGCCAUAUCAUCGACGACCAUUUCACUCGCUUUAAGCUGGAUUUCAGGGUCGGCCAGGGAACGUUUUCUAAUGUGUACAAAGCAAUCGACACUAAAACCAACGAAGUCUUAGCUCUGAAAUGCUUCAUUCAGGAGAUGAAGAACGUGAAAAGAUACCAUUUUGCUGCCAGAGAAAUCGCUUUUAUGAAGAUACUGGAACAUCCCAACAUUGUGCAGCUUAAAUCGUUUGAAGUCAAUGUGGAAUUUGUGUUCAUUGGAACAGAGUUCGCAUCCUUUGGAUGUCUAUUUCGGUUUUUGGCAAAGCAGAAACCCCUGCCUGAGAAAUUCAUUCAAGACGUGAUGAAACAGUCUGUUUCUGCUCUUGACUACAUGCAUAACUUGGGCGUUUUUCACGGAGACAUCAAGCCGCACAACAUAUUAUGUUCCGGUAUGAACAAUUUCACCCCCAUCGUGAAAAUAUGCGACUUCGGACUAUCAGAAAUUAAACUAAAAGGAAAAUGCAUGACGUUCUAUUCGGGCUCUUAUUUGUUCAUGGCGCCUGAGGUUUAUUUGAAGCAAAAUGUUGAUGUAACUUGCGACUUAUGGUCGUUGGGAGUCGUUAUGUACAACAUGAUGUUCUGUCGCAAUCUGUUCAAUGUGGAUGAAGAUGAAGUUCAGAAGACAAUCCGCCUCGUGAGAUGUCAGACUGUUCCAAAUUAUGAUGGGAGCGAAAUAUAUUCAGCAAACUGCAACGACUUACUCAGACGCCUACUAAUAUAUGAUAAAACGGUCCGAAUUCAGGGCGCAACGUUGAGAGCCCAUCCUUUCUUACGAUUGGAAGCACCCAAGACCUACGAAGACGGCUACUUUCUGGAGCGAGCGCAAUCACACAUCGCUUCUGCUACAAAUCAUGCCAGUAAUAAGAAGAUCGCUGACGCUCUUGUAGAUGGACUUCAAGCCCAGCUUGAACUAAAGAUACACUACAAUUUACUGCGAGAUGAGGGCCAACGAAAUUACCUUGUGCAAAAAUUGGAGCAGUUUCAAAACUUUAUCUACGACGUGGAGAGUAAAUUAAGUUCAACUCCCGAAUUAACUCGUGAAGCUAUGGAGAAAGGAGUGACUGAUGCCGAGUUUAAAACAUAUCUUGCAUCAACUCCCAAAAUGCUUCAAGGAUUCGAUAUUGGACUGCGCGCGGAAAUGUUUCAAAUGGAGCACAAAUAUGCAAAAAUGUUAUUGCAGUGGAUUGAAGCAAUCGAAGCUUUGACCGCAGCAGUGGAUGGAGGCGGAAGCAGCCACCCGGUAAGAAAUUAAAGAAACAAGACUGAUGAUACUAGUUUCUUUGUUUAAUAUUUAGUCGCGUUUCUAUCUAACUGGUUUGCCAAAAAGAUUUAAAAUUUUGUCAAAAUUUCCCACUUCCGUAUUUUAACAAUGAAGCUAUUAACAUAUGUUUCACACCUUUGUUAUAAUUUCAUUACAUUUAAAAAGAGAUAUGACACAGUUAGAUGGUUCGUUAUGCGAGAUUAUAUGAUAGCUACCUGAAUUGUUCCUGAUGAAAAAAAUAGUGUUAUUGUUGUAUCCACUGGAUUCUUAAACAGACUUGCAUCUUAUUGCCAUAGCAGGGAGUUUAGUUGAUAUUUUAGUAUAUAAGGUUGUUUUGUACAUUUCUUGUAAUCAUUUACAGCUUCGUUGAUAAUAAAACUACUAAGAAUUAAAA